ACGUGAGCAGAUCAUGACCACCAACGUAUGGCUCAAUCAGGAAUGGACCGAUUACCGUUUAGCUUGGGAACCUUCAGAGUAUGACGGCAUCAAAAAAUUAAGGAUACCCGCUAAAAAGGUCUGGCUUCCAGACAUCGUGCUCUACAACAACGCCGAUGGCACCUAUGAAGUUUCCGUGUACACAAAUGUCAUUGUAAAGAAUAAUGGAAGCAUCUUCUGGCUGCCUCCCGCCAUCUACAAGAGCGCGUGCAAGAUCGAAGUGAAGCAUUUCCCUUUCGACCAGCAAAACUGCACAUUAAAGUUCCGGUCGUGGACUUAUGACCACUCGGAAAUCGACAUGGUCCUGAAAACUGACACAGCCAGCAUGGAUGACUUCACACCUAGUGGCGAAUGGGACAUUGUGGCUCUCCCAGGGCGGCGAACUGAAAACCCCUUAGAUGCUAACUAUGUGGACGUGACUUAUGAUUUCAUCAUUAGGCGGAAGCCCCUUUUCUACACCAUCAACCUCAUCAUACCUUGUGUGCUGAUCACGUCGUUGGCGAUCCUGGUCUUCUACUUGCCGUCGGACUGCGGAGAAAAGAUGACGCUGUGCAUCUCGGUCUUGCUUGCGUUGACCGUGUUCUUGCUUCUGCUUUCAAAAAUCGUCCCCCCAACAUCUCUCGACGUCCCACUGAUCGGAAAGUACCUGAUGUUUACGAUGGUCCUGGUGACCUUCUCCAUCGUGACCAGCGUCUGUGUGCUGAACGUCCACCAUAGAUCUCCCAGUACUCACGCGAUGCCGCCCUGGGUGAAGGUGGUCUUCCUGGAGAGGCUUCCGCGCUACCUGUUCAUGAGACGCCCGGAGAACCACUCGGCGAAGCAAAGGUUGCGCAACCAGAAGCGAAGUAAAUCAGAAGCGCUUUCCACUGACUCUUCCAAUGCGUACAAAGGAUCCACCUACUUUGUGAACAUGGCCUCGGCCAAAAAGUAUGACCUAAAGCUGACGGAUAACCAGGAUCACGUCGGGAGCCAUCAAGACGUGAGGCUACGAGGAUCAGCAAAGUUUUCCCCUGAAGUCCAGGAAGCCAUUGAUGGAGUCAGUUUCAUCGCAGACCACAUGCGAAGUGAGGACAGCAACGAGAGUGUCAUUGAAGAUUGGAAAUACGUAGCCAUGGUCGUGGACAGGCUGUUUCUCUGGAUUUUUAUCUUAGUUUGUGUGGUAGGGACAGUUGGGUUGUUUUUGCAACCCGUGUUUCAAAACCACGGAGCCACCCUGAGUCCUUAAGCGGGCUGGAUGUGACCCUCGAAGCUGGGCCAGGCUUGGCUACGACGAGAUCCGCAGGCAUCGUUCCAAAGUCCAGCCAUGUACUCAGAUUCUUCUUUAGGAGAGAAAACAAGCAAGCAAACAAGCAAGCGAGCAAACACAUACUGAAAGAAAUGAAUGGGGGCGGGGGGAUAAGACAAAAGUAUCAUUACUCUAUUCAAUUCAAUUGAAUUCAAUUCAAUUCUUCAACAUUGGCUUAGAGAUCUCCAUAUCCCAGAGGCUUAGGGUGACCGAGGAAGGGCUGGCAAGAGAAAACAGCAAAAAAAUAACAACCAACCAAGUAAAUGUACCAUAAAUUUACCGACCAUCUCUUUGACCCAACUCACCGAAAUGCCUGCCAGAUUCUGGUUUUAUGUGACCACCAGGUAAGGGUCAGGUUAGGGCUUUGGUGAAUCUCCAGCGUAUGGCAGCUCCAUUUCUGGAGCAGCAUGAUUAAAUCCAUAUUCUUCCCCCCUGGGAAUUGUUAACUAGCUGAAUUGCUUGGUCGGUCGGUUCAUAUUUCAGCAAAAUAGACAUGUAUGUAUAUUUAUAUGAUAUCUUUCUUAAAUUGGAUAAACUCCUCAGCUAGAGCGGGUGGGUAGAAGUCUAGAACUGGCCCAGUCUAAAGGCGGAUCACGCCAGAAAAAAAACACAGUCAUUUUCUUUUGAGUUCUAAAAUUAUUUUAUUUUUAAGGUAAGGAAAGAUGAACUGCCCUGGUCAGAGGAACUCUUGAGCGUUCAGUGGGAGUCAGGAAAGAUUAGUGUGCCAGGCAUGGUAGUAGAAAGAGACUAUGCACAAAUAUAUAUAUAGUAGGAGCCACGUA